AAAGUAGAUUUAUCGAAAUGUGCGUUUCUAUAUGGAUCACGAUAAAUAAUUUUGUUCUUGCACAUUACCACAUCUACUGUUGCGCUAAACAUUUUGGAGUAUUUGGUAAUGAAGCACCAGAAGUACCUACCAAAAAUUCAUCAUAGUUCGCAAAGAAUAGGCAUAUAAUGGCCUAUACAGAAUUUCGUGAGGAUCGUUCUACUACUAUAGAAGAUUCAAAACAUUCUGUUUAAAAAGGUCGAUAUUUCAGGAAUUAAUGUCCUUAUUCUACUGAAAUGUUGUGGCAAUAUUGAUACCAUGGAAAAAACCUAAAACAAUUCGUUCGAUUUCUAUGCAUUUAUAAUGCAUAAAAGUUCCAACUUUUUCUAUGAAUUACUUGGAUGUCACUUUGACAUGUAACCUCCAAAGAGGUGAACAUAGAUAUAAAUAGAAGUACAAUUGAAUCAGAUGUCAGUUUCACAACUUACACAUAAACAUAGAGAACCAUGUCAGAAGAUAUUCGUCUUCUUAAACUCAAUUAAAGUACUAGUUACAAUAACUCUUACCAAACGGUCACGCAAAAGCUUCUGACAUGGCGUUCUGGAUUGUUUUUCUUAUUAUUUCCACAUGAUACUGAAGGCAACGUAAAAAUCUUUACUAUAACAUGAUAUAAGAAAAGGCAAUUAAUGACAAAACUCUUUUUCAUCAAAUGCGUAAUCUAUCGAGCGAUAAAUAGUAAUGGUAAGACAAUCGUCAUCUUCAUCAGUUUUGCGGUUUUAUCUAAUCGCUCUACUUUAAUUCUGUUGUGGUUGACCCACAGAACCAGGAGUUUUUUGUUAACCGACAUGUAUAACAAAUUUUUGAAAUUAAAGGUUUUCAUUGACGAAGAUAUUUGUAAAGGUCGAAAGGAAAUGAUGAAAAUUACACUGGAAUAUGAGAAAUCAAAAAGAAAGUACAAGAAAAAAAAACUUUUAAUACGUGACAACAUAUCCAAAAGAGUUUGCGUGUAGAUGUAUAAUAGCGAUUUAAGCUAGAUACAAAAUUUUAUGUUGAUUAGGUUACCAAAAGCUACUACUUUUCAUUUCAAGAAAAUCUGUUGUAUUAGAAUAAGAUUCAGAAUUUUGAGCUUUUGAAUAUUUGAUCCGAUAUCACAUUAUAGAGAUUUCACCUCACAUAAUUCUUAUGGUAUAGUAUCAUAUACACACUGUGGAUUUAUAAAUUUAUAAAUGAAUAAAAUAUUAACACUGUGGAUUCGGGAUUUCCGGGUUCGAAUCUUCAAUUUUAUAUUGUCAAAUAAAGCUUGUCUACCAUGUAAGAUUUGUAGAGCUUAUUUCAUGCAAAGAUAUCUCACUUUAUGAGGACCUUUAGCCGAAUAAUCAUUUGAAGACAUAAUUGUCUGAUGAUUUUUUUCUAGGUCAAUUUAAUCUCAGCUAUUAGAUAAUCUUCAUUCGAUGUCAACCAAGAAGUUUCGCAAAACUACAACUUCUAGGAGUGGGACACAACUUCUUAGAGUGUUACUCCUAAAACCCAGACCAAUCAACCGAAUCUAAAUCGAUAUUUCCGGAGAUGCAAUUUUUGCAAUUCUUCAGUUGCAUAAGUUUUUUCAUUGUUAUAAAUCAAUCGAUUUUCGAUGCUUGUAUCAGUCUGUGGUCACCUACAUUCAGAGGAAAACAUGGAGAAUUACUUUGUUUUGCUUAGCAUCUCAUUAGCAGCAAUAAUUUUACUUGUUAGGGGAGAAGAGACAUUUUCUUUCCACAAAUUUCGUGGCCCUGUGAGUGGAGAGGUACAGCAAGUAAUAACAAAAAACCAAAAUGUAGAUUAUACGGCAAAACCAGACUAUUCUUUUUCCUAUGGAGUCCAGGAUCCAGUGAGUGGAAAUUCCCAAAUCCACGAACAAUCCAGAGAUGGCAGUGCAGUCCACGGUGAAUACAGAGUGUUACAAUCUGACGGCAUCGUACGGAUUGUGAGAUAUAUUGCCGAUUCAGAAAAUGGAUUUCAAGCUACUGUAGAAUAUGAGCCACACCAAUCUUGAAAGUUUUAGCCAAAGAGCAUUGUUUUUUUAAUCUCUGAGUAGGUAGCUCGCUAGUACAAUUGGUUAACAAAUGUUAGAACCUAGGUCCAAUUUUAAUUAGAAGAAUUCUAGGAUUAAGAAUGAUAAUUAUCUGUGAUCAGUUUUGUUUUUAUACUCUAGGUAGAUGAUAAUAGUUGAAGAAUAAAAUAAAUAA